GUGAUUCACCGAGCAGGAAGUUAUUGUACUUUUCUCGUUAGUCCAGCGUAUUUGAGUGUAAACAGGCAGCACAUUGGGCAGACAGCAGGUAUGCCCAGAGGAAAGAUCACCCUACUGGAGGUGUGGCGCAGGAAUCGUGCAGCACGCUUGAAGAAAUCCAAAGAUCUGAAACUAUGGCCACAUCAACUGGCACAGCUGAGAGACCCCGAGGUGGUGGCAUCCCUCGCCCAGCAGAAUGCCAAGAUGGCCAGACUGCUCCCCCACACAGACACCGAUGCGUUCCGCCGCUUCACGCCGGAGUCACUGGUGGAAAUCGAGCGGCGCAUGGCAGAGGAAGCUGCCGAGCAGGAACGUAGGAAGGCCUUGAAUAUCGAGAUCCCCGAGGAGGACCUGCCAAAACCCUCCAUUGACCUGGAGGCUGGCAAGGCUCUGCCAUUCAUCUAUGGAGACCCCCCACCAGAGCUCCUCAACAUACCUCUGGAGGAGUUGGAUCCCUAUUACAAAGCAAAGAAAACUUUCAUCGUGAUCAGCAAAGGGAAUACAAUCAAUAGAUUCAACGCUGAGCCUGCCUGUUACAUUCUAACUCCAUUUAGUCCUAUCCGCAGAGGAGCCAUCAGAAUACUCAUACAUUCAUUGUUCAGCAUGUUCAUCAUGGUAACAAUCCUGUCCAACUGUGUGUUUAUGACGAUGAGUAACCCUCCAGAAUGGAGCAAAAUUAUGGAGUACGUUUUUACAGGUAUCUACACUUUUGAGGCUCUAGUUAAAGUCUUGUCCAGAGGGUUCUGUAUUGGAGAUUUCACAUUCCUUCGAGAUCCAUGGAACUGGCUAGAUUUCAUGGUGAUCAGCAUGGCGUACAUUACAGAGUUUGUUGAUCUGGGAAACGUGUCAGCUUUGAGGACCUUCCGUGUUCUCCGAGCCCUGAAAACAAUUACUGUGAUUCCUGGUCUGAAAACCAUUGUCGGUGCACUUAUCCAGUCUGUGAAGAAGCUGGGAGAUGUCAUGAUCCUGACCGUCUUCUGUCUCAGUGUCUUUGCCCUCAUUGGCCUGCAGCUGUUCAUGGGAAAUCUGCGCCACAAAUGUGUCAAGGAUCCUUUUCGAGGCCUUGAAACAAGCUUCAACACAACGGACAACACAACGUAUACAAAUAGCACUUUUGACUGGGAGGAAUACCUCAAUAAUCAAGAGAACUACUACUUUCUCCCAGAUAGUACAGAUGCACUUCUCUGUGGAAACAGCUCUGAUGCUGGGCUGUGUCCUUUCGGAUACAUGUGUAUGAAAGCCGGGAGAAAUCCAAAUUACGGCUACACCAGCUAUGACAACUUUGGCUGGGCCUUCCUCGCCCUCUUCCGCCUCAUGACGCAAGACUUCUGGGAAAACUUGUUCCAGCUGACUCUCCGGGCAGCAGGGAAGACCUACAUGAUCUUCUUUGUAGUCGUCAUCUUUUUGGGCUCUUUCUACCUGAUCAACCUCAUUUUGGCUGUGGUGGCCAUGGCAUACGCAGAGCAGAACGAAGCCACCAUAGCAGAAGCUAAAGAGAAGGAAGAGGAGUACGCAAGAAUUAUGGAACAGCUGAGGAAGCAAGCUGAGGCAAAAAAAAAAGGGAUGGUUAAAGGCAGCAGGAGCUCACUCUCAAGCCAAAAGAAAGGUGAUGAUUUUGCUGAUGACGGGGGAGGCAGAGUAAAGACAGAACACGACAACAUUGCCCUAAAACCCCUCUCAGACAAAGAGUCUCUCGAGGUAUUAAAGUCAAAUGGAUCCAAAGGAAGCAUGGAUCACCUAGAAGUGACCAGCGCACACAAAAGGAAACCCAGUGUAGUGAGCAAUGAAAGCAAUGCAUUGGAAGAAUUUGAAGAGUUAGAAAGACCGUGCCCACCCUGCUGGUACAAGUUUGCUGACAUUUUCCUGAAGUGGGACUGCUGCACACCAUGGAUCAGAUUCAAAAAGUGGGUGUACUUCAUUGUGAUGGACCCUUUCGUGGACCUGGGCAUCACUAUCUGCAUCAUACUGAACACUGUGUUCAUGGCCAUGGAACACUACCCAAUGACACAUGAGUUUGAAUCAGUCCUGUCUGUUGGAAACUUGGUAUUCACAGGUAUCUUCACGGCUGAGAUGGUCCUCAAACUCAUCGCGAUGGACCCUUACUACUACUUUCAGGUUGGCUGGAACAUAUUCGACAGUAUCAUAGUGACAAUGAGCCUAGUGGAGCUGGGCUUGGCCAAUGUGCAAGGACUCUCUGUGCUCAGGUCCUUCCGUCUUCACAGAGGAGAGAAUGAAGAAUUUGAGCUACAGUCAGCGGACGUUUUAAUUGGACACGAGGAAUUUGGGGAGAGCAAGCCUAUUGGAGGACUUCACACCUUUGUUUUGAUGCGUGUCUUCAAGUUGGCAAAGUCCUGGCCCACGCUGAACAUGCUGAUUAAAAUCAUUGGUAACUCUGUGGGCGCUCUCGGCAACCUGACCCUCGUCUUGGCCAUCAUUGUCUUCAUCUUCGCCGUGGUGGGGAUGCAGCUGUUUGGAAAGAGCUACAAGGAUUGUGUGUGCAAGAUUGCAGCAGAUUGUGAGCUUCCACGCUGGCACAUGACAGACUUUUUCCAUUCCUUCCUCAUUGUGUUCCGGAUCCUGUGUGGGGAAUGGAUCGAGACCAUGUGGGACUGCAUGGAGGUGGCGGGUCAGGGCUUGUGCAUUGUAGUCUUCAUGAUGGUCAUGGUGAUCGGAAACCUGGUGGUCCUGAAUCUCUUUCUGGCAUUGCUGCUUAGCUCGUUCAGUGGAGAUAAUCUGGCAUCAGACGAUGACGGUGAAAUGAACAACCUGCAGAUUGCCAUUGGAAGGAUCACCAGAGGCAUUGACUGGGUCAAGGCCACCGUUAUUAGACAGGUCAGGCGUCUGCUGGGCCUCAAGCCCAUAGAAGAGCAGAAAAAAGAGAACGAUGAAGAUGACUUCAAAACUGGCAACGAUUUAGUCUUGAACCACAUGGACUCUGAGGAUGUAGCACAGAUGAAAAAGUUGGGUGGCACUUUUGAAACGGCUGUUGUGCUUGCAGUCAAAGUUCCAAUUGCAAAGGGAGAAUCUGAUUUUGAAAGCCCCAAUGAAGAUGACACUUCUGAGGAUGAAGACAAGAAAGCUGAUGAAAAAACCAAACUGAAAGUAGCAGGAGCAGAUGACUCGUCCAACUGCAGUACCGUGGAUAAGCCACCUGAGGUACAAGAGGCAGAGUCAGAGGAUGAACAAGAUCCAACCAGCCCAGAGGACUGCUACACUGAGAAAUGCAUCAGGCGGUGUCCAUGCCUGGAUGUGGAUAUCACCCAGGGCAGAGGAAAGUCAUGGUGGAACCUUCGAAAGACCUGCUAUGCUAUUGUGGAGCACAACUAUUUUGAGACUUUCAUCAUCUUCAUGAUUCUGCUCAGCAGCGGUGCCUUGGCUUUUGAGGACAUUUACAUUGAGCAGCGAAGAGUGAUUAAAAUCAUCCUUGAGUAUGCAGAUCAAGUCUUCACCUAUGUUUUUGUCGUUGAGAUGCUCCUAAAAUGGGUUGCCUAUGGUUUCAAGACUUACUUCACAAAUGCUUGGUGCUGGCUAGACUUCCUCAUUGUUGAUGUCUCCCUAAUCAGUUUGACCGCUAACAUUUUGGGUUACUCUGAGCUUGGACCCAUCAAAUCCCUGCGGACAUUGAGAGCUCUCAGGCCACUUCGUGCUCUAUCUAGAUUUGAAGGAAUGAGGGUGGUGGUGAAUGCCCUGGUUGGAGCCAUCCCCUCCAUAUUCAACGUAAUGCUGGUGUGCCUGAUCUUCUGGCUGAUCUUCAGCAUAAUGGGGGUGAACCUGUUUGCAGGAAAGUUCUACUAUUGCUUAAACACAACCUCAGAGGAGGUAUUCCUUCUUGAGAAGGUGAACAACAAAAGUGACUGCUUAGAACUUAUUAGUGCUGGUUUAGACGCACGAUGGAUGAACCUCAAGGUUAACUAUGACAACGUGGGCAUGGGCUACCUCUCCCUACUGCAAGUGGCAACAUUUAAAGGAUGGAUGGAUAUCAUGUAUGCUGCUGUGGAUUCUCGUGAUGUGGAAGAUCAACCCUCUUAUGAGGCAAACCUUUACAUGUACCUUUACUUUGUUAUUUUCAUCAUCUUUGGAUCCUUCUUCACCCUCAAUUUAUUUAUUGGUGUCAUCAUUGAUAAUUUCAACCAACAAAAAGCAAAGUUAGGAGGGCAAGAUCUCUUUAUGACAGAGGAACAGAAGAAGUACUACAAUGCCAUGAAGAAGCUUGGCUCUAAGAAACCACAGAAACCUAUCCCGCGACCCCAGAACUGUUUCCAAGGAUUCAUCUUUGACAUCGUAACAAAGCAGUUCUUUGACAUCUUGAUUAUGGCGUUGAUCUGUUUGAACAUGAUCACCAUGAUGGUGGAGACUGAUGAACAGAGUGAAGAGAUGGAAAACAUUCUCUUCUAUAUCAAUUUUGUCUUCAUUGUCAUCUUCACUGGAGAGUGUGUACUUAAAGUCAUCGCCCUUCGACAAUACUACUUUUCUGUUGGAUGGAAUAUUUUUGAUUUUAUUGUUGUCAUUCUUUCAAUUUUGGGCAUCAUGCUGGCAGAUCUCAUUGAGAAAUACUUCGUGUCUCCCACCCUUUUCCGUGUCAUCCGACUUGCCAGAAUAGGCCGUGUUCUGCGUCUGAUCAGAGGAGCUAAAGGCAUCCGGACGCUGCUGUUUGCAUUGAUGAUGUCCCUCCCUGCUCUCUUCAACAUCGGCCUCCUCCUCUUUUUGAUCAUGUUCAUAUUCUCCAUAUUUGGCAUGUCAAACUUUGCCUAUGUGAAAAAAGAGAUGGGCAUUGAUGACAUGUUCAAUUUCGAGACCUUUGGGAACAGCAUAAUAUGUUUGUUCAUGAUCACAACAUCUGCAGGAUGGGAUGGUCUCUUGUCCCCUAUUCUCAAUAGCGGACCUCCCGACUGUGACCCAGAGAUUGAGAAUCCUGGCACAGACGUGAGAGGUAACUGCGGGAACCCUGCGGUGGGGAUAGUCUUUUUCUGCAGCUAUAUCGUGAUGUCCUUCCUUGUGGUGGUCAACAUGUACAUUGCCAUCAUUCUGGAGAACUUUAAUGUAGCAACAGAGGAGAGUGGUGAGCCCUUGUGUGAGGAUGAUUUUGAGAUGUUCUAUGAGACCUGGGAAAAGUUUGAUCCAGAUGCUUCACAGUUCAUUGAUUACAGUUCGCUCUCAGAAUUCUGUGACACACUGAAGGACCCACUGAGGAUCCCGAAGCCAAACACGAUCAAGCUGAUCACCAUGGACCUCCCCAUGGUACCUGGGGACAAGAUCCAUUGUCUUGACAUCCUGCUAGCUCUCACAACUGAAGUGCUUGGCGAGUCUGAGGAAAUGGACACACUCAAAGCAAGCAUGGAGGAGAAAUUCAUGGCAAAUAACCCCUCAAAAGUGUCAUAUGAGCCAAUAACCACCACUCUUCGGCGCAAGCAGGAGGAGGUGGCUGCUGUAGUCAUCCAAAGAGCCUACCGCAAACACAUGCUAAAGCGUACUCUCAAACAUGCAUCUUACAUGUUCAGAGAAAAGAGCAACUUGAAGAGGAAGGACGAGGAGGCGCCAGAGAAGGUGGGAAUGAUUGCAAGCCGAAUGAGCCAGCUCUACGGGGACCAAGCUUCAAAGCAGCUUUCUUCUGUGACCGUCGCUUUCCCCGAAAAAAAGGACAAUGUAGGAAGAGGCGAGGGCAAAUGUCCUUCUGUUGAGGUGCAGAAUGAGGUGGUCUUGCAUUCUGCCCCAUUCACUGUCCCUGAGUCAACAGCCUAUGUGGACAACUUGAGAGAGUCCAUUGUGUAACAAAAGCUGGAUGCAUUAAACACUUUGCUUGGAUUACAAACUACAUCAUGGUAAUGCAAUGAAGCUAAUAUAAGGGGAAUCUGAGAGAUAGUGUGGUCAUUUGUGAGCUGCCAGGGAUGGCAGCUGAAAUUUAUGUAGACUAACAGAAACACCUGAUUGUUCACUGCGUAUCAGCGUGAUUCUUGAAAACAUCAAUCUGUUACAGAGUGUUAAUAGUUUGGUAAGCUAAGUUGCCUUAUCUCUUAUCUACUCUGAAUAGCAGAAUUAAAUACAAAAGUAGUACUUUUAGAUUUUCUGUGAAUACUUUUGGUACUACGCUGAAGACAUUUUAGCUUAGAAAGUGUAGCAUAACAAAGUUUUAGGAGAAGAAAAGACAAACAGCAAAAUGCUUGUUUUUCACUUAUAAUCAUGUAGUAUUAAUACAAUUUAUUCUAGUCUAACAUCGUAAUUUUUCAUAAUGAAUAUAUUUCUCAUCUAAUGUAUUGUAGCACUGAUCUGUAAAUGUUUGUACACUGCAAAAUAUAAAUAUAUUAUAUAUAUCUUGGCAAGUGAAUUCAGCUUUAAAGUAAUUUAAACGUAGUCUAUUAGUUCUUAUUUUGGGAUUGUUGAGAACUUAUUUUUAGAUAAUGUGACAAGACAGCAAUAUACACACAUUGCUGACACAUCAAACCACUGACGCUCUCUCCUUUCUCUCUUCAGAAGUGAUGAUCAGUCAGAUUGUGGAUAUGUGAGACACUGACUCUAAAGCAUAAAUAAAUAACAAAAUCCUUAAAAAUACUACAACAACAUUGUUUACAAUGAUUGCACUAGGCUAUUUUAAACACAAACUGUUUUUUUUUUUCAUUUAAAAUCACAUUUUUUCACCAUAUCUUGAGUUUAACAUUCAAAUCUGCAGACUGAAGACUUGACCAAGCGAAUGGCAGAUAGAAACGGUUGCUAAGCAGUGAUUGGAGGGCCAAGACAAUGAGGCGGGGGUUAAGAGCGGUCAGUCAAAGACAAGAGUAGUUAAACAUAAACAAUUACUAAAGAUGCUUUUGUUAACAUCAUUUAGUGCCAUUCUUGCAUUACAUUAUUAGUCAUUAAGGUGCAAAAGGGCACAUGCUCCACCACC